GUGAUUGUGUGCCUUAAACAUCUGCAACAAAUGCAACUAUAUGUGUAUUGCUAGUAAAUAAUAAUAUUAUAUUUAAUGAGGUGCUAAAGCGGCUAACUAACAGCUUUUAAUAUUAACUAAACAUAUUAACUAUUUUUCAAAUAAUUAACUCAAGGUUUUCGAAAUUGUGCAGAUUUGUCUAAUAAAGCUAAAUGAAAUGUACUAAGUAUAAAUAAACCUUUGAAUUCUUCAAAUAUUAACAGUUCUUGCAGCAAGUUCGAUAACAUCAUAUAUAAUUUGAACAGAUCUUAUAGCCACAAAAAAUGCAUUUCCUUAAUCUUACUGUUAUUUUAUUGAUCGGUGCUUGUGGCUUAGUUGCGGGUCAUUACAGUUAUCAUGGCGAUGCUGGUUACGGUGGUCAUAGCAAGGAAGUUGGCUACGCGGUAGUUACUGAACAUGGUCAUGGUGGUGGCCACGGUGGUGGUCAUGAUGGUGGUCAUGGUGGUGGUCAUGAUGGUGGUCAUGAUGAUGGCCACAUUGAUGGCAGUCAUUAUGCUGCUGCUUAUUACGGCGGUUACAGUGAUGGUCAUUCUCACUCUAUAAGCCACUAUGGUGGUCAUUAUAAUGGUCACUACGGUGGUCAUGAUAAUGGUCACUAUGGUAGUCACGGUGAUGAUGGUCACUAUGGUAGUCACGGUGAUGAUGGUCACGAUUAUCAUGCUUAUCCUAAAUAUGACUUUAGUUAUGGCGUUAAGGAUACAAAAACUGGAGACAUUAAAAGUCAUUCAGAAUCACGAGAUGGUGAUCAUGUCAAGGGCAGCUAUAGUCUUAAGGAAGCUGAUGGUACCACCCGUGUUGUAGAAUAUUCUGCCGAUAAACACAAAGGUUUCAAUGCUGUUGUCCAUACUUUGGGUCAUGCUUCUGGUGGUCAUGAUGCUGGUCAUUAUUAUGGUCAUGGUGAUCAUGGAUAUGGUCAUGGUGAUCAUGGUUACGGUCAUGGAUACGGACAUGGAUAUGGUUAUGGUUAUGCUACGAGUUAUAUUAUUGUCAAGAAACAGGAAGGAAAGAAACAUUAGUUAAACUUUGAUUUGAAUUUAUAUAUGAAUAGUUUGUUAUUUUAAAUUGUUAUGAUAAAUAAAU